GCAAGUUCAGAGAGGAGAAAUGUACGAGUGCAACUUUCACAGCCAUCAGUUUUCCUAAAGAGACAGAGAGCUAAGCCUGUAUAAUCAGAUUAUUUAUAAGAGAAAGAAAGAAAGAAAGAAAGAAAGAAAGAAAGAAAGAAACUAAGAAACAAAGAAACAAAGAAGCACACAGCAAAAAAGAGGAUUCUGAAUUUUUUGAAUAAAAAAGAAUAAGUAUUAAAAAAAUUAUAAAUAAUCAAGCUGGACUAUUAUCAACUUUGGGACUUGUUUUAGAUUUUUUAAAAAGUUGCAUGAGAGGAAAAAGAGAAGAGGUCUGAGAGAUCUGAGUGAGAAGCAGACACACAGGCCGGUCCUGAUGGCAGGCUCUCGGGGCUCAGCCAGCACUGGACACUGGCUUUAGGAGCCCACGAGACGUUCACUUCAACCAGGAACAUUUCACAGCUCGUGUGCCCAUGAGGUCGUCGACGCCGGUCCUGCUCUUCCUGAUCAGCGUCCAGGCUGCACUCAACACGGUGGGAAACGCCCACUUACAGGAAACAGCCAAACAGAACGCAGGAACCCAGGACUCGACCCACGAUGACCUCAUCCCCACAGUUGACCCUAAGCUGUUCAACAAGCGGCGUUAUCUAUCACCUCGUGUGCACUUCAGCGACGUAGUGCCCUUCGAUGGCCAUACCGAGCCUCGGAGUCCGCGUACACGGCGGAGAGCGCGAGACUUCCAGAACCGUGGUGAAUAUUCGGCCUGCGAUAGUGAAAAUCACUGGGUGGGAAACAUGACCCGUGCUACAGACUUAGCGGGAAACGAAGUGACGGUUCUGCCUGAUGUUCGCAUCAACAACGUGGUCAAGAAGCAGAUGUUUUAUGAAACCACGUGCCGAGUCACAAACCGUGGCUCCACCCACCGUGGGAUGAAGGCGGGAACCACCGGAUGCCGUGGGAUCGAUAACAAGCGCUGGAACUCCUAUUGCACCAACACACACACGUAUGUCCGGGCGCUUACAUCUUUCAAGAAUCAGGUCACCUGGAGGUUCAUCCGAAUCAAUGCCGCAUGCGUGUGUGUGGUCAGUCGAAAAUCAUGGAAGCGCUGAUUCACAAGUCCUUUAUCCUGUUUCCUGAGUGAAUCAGUUCAUUGAAUUGUGGAAGUACAGAUUCAUGAUCUGACUCGCUUGUUUCCUCAAUGAGUAAAUCAAGAGAAACGGUUCAUGAUAAUUCAUGAUUCGGUUUGCUAGUCAUUCAAGUGCAUCAUUGAAUCAGAUUGACACAGUAUCAGCUCGUUGAUGCAGGCAAGUCAUUUUGAAUCGUAGAAAUCCGGAUCGUACAGUGGAAGUACUAAUUAAUCUUUAUGUUCACUUUUUUUCUUAAGUGAAUCAACAAAUCAAAUUGCGGACGCACCGAUUCGUGAUCUGAUUCACUAAAUGAAUCAAGUGAAACGAGGUAACUAAGCAAAUCAAAUCAUGUCUGUGCUUCCAGAGAAAGCUAUUUCAACAACAUAUUUCUCUAGAAGUGCUGAUUUGUUUUGAUUGUAUGUUCAAACCUCCACCCGUCCACUUCGAAAAAAACCAAACAAAUCAAAACAAGCAUUGUACUGCCAAUUCAGCAUACCAGACUCCUGCCUUCCUUUUUUUUUUUUUUGUCUAUCUACAGCACCCUGCCCCUGUCCUACCCUACCUCACACUGUAAAUUAUUGGUCUGUUAAGUUAUGAUGACUGCAUGACAUAUUUAUAUAGUUUAUACAGGCAAAAUUAUUAAAUGUAUGUGUAUAUACAGUAUACAUCCAGAAAACAAGCAUAUGUUGUGUCAUUGUUGUUGUUCAUGCUGUUAUUUAUUAAACACUUCAGUACUUCAGA